AUGGCUGACCAGAUGUAUCACGCAAUGGGCCAGGGCGCCGGUAACGACCCUUCGAACCCUCAAGCCCAACACCUCCCUCCUCAACCAUACCCAGCCGCUGGCUAUCCUCCGGGUGCAGCUCCUCCCCAGCCGGGAGCUGGCUAUGGCAAUCCGUCGCCGAAUCAGUGGCCUGCAUACGGUUCCCCCCAGCAGCCAUACGCGACUCAGAGCCCAGAUGCCGCGUACAAUACCGCGCAACAGGCACCAAUGGGUGCCACCGGAGAUCCCAGUAUGGCUGGUCUGGCCUCUCAGAUGAGUGGCCUGGGGAUUGCGGCAGAUGCUGGAGCUAGGACGCAUCGAAAGAAGCAUCGUCAUGCUCACCAUGACAUCGGAGCUGGCACGACUGCCCCGGCGCAAGGCUUCAACAACGCGAUGCCGCCCGCGGGUGGUGUGCAAUCGACCCCUCAAUUCCUCAACACAGGCCUGAACCAAAGCCCGCAGCUCGUGGCGCCUGCUGGUGUUCCUCAGCCUGGACUGUCCGCUCCAGGAAUGACAUCGCAGCCAGGGAUCCCCACUGGUGCGGACUCUGUGGCCGCGCAAGGUCGAAUUGACCCCGAGCAGAUCCCCAGCAUCCCCCGAUCGCGCGACUUGCCCGCUCAGCAUUACUUCAGCCAUGUCUACCCGACGAUGGACCGGCAUCUGCCCCCUCCUGCCUCGAUUCCGUUUGUCGCCCACGACCAAGGAAACUCCUCGCCUAAGUACGCCCGCCUGACGCUAAACAACAUCCCCUCGACCUCCGACUUCCUCUCCUCCACCGGCCUUCCUCUGGGCAUGGUCCUGCAGCCCCUCGCACCGUUGGACCCUGGCGAGCAACCGAUCCCCGUGCUGGACUUCGGGGAUGUCGGCCCCCGCGCUGCCGACGAUGCCGCACGUACAUCAACCCCUUCAUGUCCUUCCGCGCCGGUGGCAGCAAAUUUUGGCGCACGUGUGGACCGCAUGCAGCGGCCAGAAUUAAUGAUGGGCACGGUCGAGUUUUUGGUGCCGAAGGAAUACUGGAACAAGGAGCCGGUGGGUCUGCGAACGCUCUUCUUAAUUGAUGUGAGCCGCGAGUCGGUACAUCGUGGUUACUUGAAGGGCGUUUGUGCAGGUAUUGCGGAGGCUUUAUACGGCGAGGAUGGGGAGGCGGAUGGCUCUGAAGGUGAUGAGUCCAAAGCUCGUAAGCUGCCCGCCGGCGCGAAGGUUGGCAUUGUCACAUACGACAAGGAGGUGCAAUUCUACAAUCUCACAGCGACGUUAGGCCAGGCACAGAUGAUGGUAAUGACCGAUUUGGAAGAGCCAUUCGUACCACUAAGUGAGGGCCUGUUUGUUGACCCGUACGAAUCGAAAUCCGUGAUCACAUCUCUUCUAGACCGGAUACCCGCCAUUUUCUCCCAUAUCAAGAUCACUGAAUCAGCAUUGCUUCCUACCUUGAAUGCGGCUCUCUCGGCCCUGCAGCCCACGGGAGGCAAGAUUGUCUGCGCGCUGGCUAGCCUGCCAACGUGGGGCCCCGGAAAGCUGACGGAACAACGAGAUGACCGGAGCGUUCACGGGACAGACGCAGAGCGGAAGUUGUAUACCACAGAUGAUCCGGCAUGGAAGAAGACCGCUAGCAAGCUGGCUGAGGCGGGUGUGGGCGUUGACUUCUUCAUUGCGUCUCCGGGUGGCGUCUAUACGGAUGUGGCGACCAUUGGGCAUGUGGCCGCCCUCACUGGAGGCGAGACUUUCUUCUACCCCAACUAUCACUCACCCCGCGACACCAUCAAGGUGCGGAAGGAGCUGGCUCAUGCUGUCAACCGAGAGACAGGAUACCAGUGUUUGAUGAAGGUGCGAUGCUCGAACGGCCUUCAGGUAUCGUCCUACCACGGAAACUUCGUACAACAUGCCUUGGGAGCCGAUCUUGAGAUCGGCGCUGUGGACGCGGAGAAGGCUAUCGGUGUUCUCUUCAGCUAUGACGGGAAGCUCGACCCCAAGCUGGACGCGCACUUCCAGGCCGCAUUACUGUAUACCUCUGCGGAUGGCCAGCGCCGGGUCCGGUGUAUCAACGUGGUGGCCGCUGUCAAUGAUGGUGGCAUGGAGACGAUGAAGUAUGUGGAUCAGGAUGCGAUAGUGGCAAUCAUUGCCAAGGAGGCUGCCUCCAAGACACUCGAUAAGAGCCUCAAGGACAUUCGUGCCAACAUUUCCGAGAAGACAGUUGAUAUAUUCAGCGGGUACCGCAAGAUCUUUUCCGGGUCACACCCGCCUGGCCAGCUGGUUCUGCCGGAGAACUUGAAGGAAUUCUCGAUGUACAUGCUGAGCUUGGUGAAGUCCAGGGCGUUCAAGGGUGGCAACGAAGCGAUAGACCGCCGUGUCCAUGACAUGCGCAUGAUCCGAUCAUUUGGCUGCACUGAAAUGUCUCUCUACCUCUACCCCCGCAUCAUCCCUAUCCACAACCUGCAGCCGGAAGACGGUUUCGCCAACGCGCACGGUCAGCUUCAAGUCCCGCCAGCGCUGCGGGCUAGCUUCUCUAAGAUCGAAGACGGCGGUGCCUACCUCGUGGACAACGGUCAGGCCGUUCUACUCUGGCUGCAUUCGCAGGUCUCGCCCAACCUCUUGGAGGACCUGUUCGGCCCCGGCCACGACUCGCUCCAGGAACUGAAUCCCAACACUUCAUCCCUGCCGGUGCUGGAGACGCACCUCAACGCCCAAGUGCGGAACUUGCUGCAGUACUUCUCCACGGUGCGCGGGUCCAAGGCCGUGACCAUCCAGUUGGCCCGGCAAGGCCUAGAUGGGGCGGAGUAUGAAUUUGCUCGGCUGCUGCUGGAGGACCGGAACAACGAAGCCCAAAGCUACGUGGACUGGCUGGUGCAUGUCCACCGGCAGAUCAACUUGGAGUUGGCCGGUCAUCGCAAGAAGGAGGAAUCAAGCGGCGAGAGUACAUUGGCUAGUCUAUCGGCUAUGCGAUCACCAAUGUGGUAG